GAGCACCAGGGCCGCAUCUACUGCGUGCGCGAUUAUCGCCGAAUGUUCCCGCUUGUGUGCCCGUCGUGCUCGCUGCCGUGCGAAGCAUCCAAGGACGUGUCCGUGCAUGCGCUGGACGCCUGGUGGCACCGCGCGUGCUUUAACUGCCAGGAGUGCCGCCAGCCGUUCCCCGAUAAGUCGUUCUACGUGUUUGAGCAGCGGCCGUACUGCCGCUACGACUACCACAAGCUGAACAACUCGCUGUGCGGGUCGUGCAAGAACCCCAUCGAGGGGCCCUGCGCCCAAGUGUACGAGGGCAGGUUCCAUCCGGCCUGCUUCGCCUGCAGCUACUGCAGCGAGCCGCUGCGCGACGUUUACUACAGCCUGGAGGGCAAGUUCUUGUGCGAGAAUCAUGUG